CUCACCUCCGGCGCUAUUAAAAUCCGAUUUCUUUCUUCCAUAUGAACCUACGUCGUUGCACUUGAUACCCGACCUUCUAGAGCCUCCUUUGCAUGUCCCGGUUAUCUUUGAAUUGUGAGGUGUACCGGAAGCAUUAAAAAGAGUAAAUUCCCUUACCUCACGGCGAGAUUCGACCUUCCCACCUUUCCUUCCAGGCCUGAGAGCCCCUGGUACUCUUGCCACCAUGAAGUUGGACACCAAGGCUAUGAGGUACCUCACCUCAGAGGACUGGAGAGUACUCACAGCGGCUGAGAUGGGCAGUAAAAACCACGAAAUUGUCCCCACACCGUUGAUCGAGAAGAUCGCUCGGCUGCGGGGAGGCAGCAGCGGCGUGCACAAGAGCAUAUCAGCCCUAGCAAAAGUCGGACUGAUAGCGCGGGUCAAGGAGGCCAAGUACGAUGGCUACCGAUUGACCUAUGGCGGGCUGGACUACCUCGCCCUACACACACAUGCAUCUCGGAACGAGGUCUACAGCGUGGGCAACCGCAUCGGCGUCGGCAAGGAGAGUGAUAUCAUGGUGGUAGCAGACCAGACCGGAAAGCAGAAGGUGCUCAAGAUUCACCGGCUGGGUCGGAUAUCCUUCCGUUCAGUCAAGACCAACCGCGACUACCUGAAGAACCGGGCCUCCGGCUCGUGGAUGUACCUCUCCAGGCUGGCCGCAAUGAAGGAGUUCGCAUUCAUGAAGGCCCUACAGGAGGAGGGCUUUCCAGUCCCGGAACCCUUAGCCCAGUCAAGGCAUACCAUCGUCAUGGCUCUCAUUGACGCGUUCCCUCUGCGGCAAAUCUCAUCAGUCCCCGAUCCUGCCAACCUCUAUGCUGAGCUCAUGGAUAUGAUCCUCAGAUUCGCAAAGCAUGGUCUUAUACACGGGGACUUCAACGAGUUCAACAUCCUCAUCAAAGAGGAGAAGCAGGAUAAGAAAGACAACAUUGGUGGGGAGGCAGAGGGCCCAGUGGCUACUAUACUCACUCCAAUAGUCAUCGACUUCCCCCAGAUGGUAUCAAUGGACCACGCAAAUGCUGAGAUGUACUUUGACCGGGAUGUCAACUGUAUCAAGCGUUUCUUCGAGAGGCGUUUCCAUUUUGUGAGCACACGGCCAGGCCCCUUCUUCAAGCACGCAAAGAAGUCAAUGGGGAAGGAUGGGGCAAGGCGUCUAGAUGCUGUAGCAGAAGCAUCUGGGUUUACAAAGAAGAUGGCUAAGGAUUUGGAGGCGGCGAUUCGAGAGCGGAUUGCAUUGAAAGAAAACGGCGCAGACCUCAGCAGCGAAUCAGAAGAAGAGGAAGAGGAAGAGGAAGAGGAAGAGGAAGAGGAAGAGGAAGAGGAAGAACAACCAGGGGCUGGAGUAUCAGAGCAUGGCCGGGUUGUGCCAUUGCUCGGGGAGAGCCACAUCCCCGUCGACCUUGGGAACGACUCGGAUCUACAGGCGAAUGAACUGGGAAAGUUGAGCAUCAGUGAAGCAUAGAAUAGACAUUCCUCGGCCAGUUUCGACUCUCAUCAUCUCAUACUUAUAUGUGUGGAUGGUAAACCUGACAUUCUGACCCAUGGCCGCCUCGUCUUACGUUCACUCUUCGUCUUUGACUUGUAGUACACCACGUUUUUAUUCCGGCUGCCAGACCCGGAUACUCCAGUUAAUUUGUAAAAACCUCUCAUUCAGUUAGUCCUGAUCGACCUGACUUUCCUCGUAAA